AAAAAAAAGGUUAGCGGAACCUUAGAGCAGGGGGCACAUCGUACACCGGAAGUGGCGGGGGAUAAUCUGACACGAACUGAUAGAGGAAACGGAGGAAGACCGGAAGUAGGGUUGUCUUGCUGGGAAUGUGGUUGAUUUGAAGAUGUCUGUGAAGAGGAAAGCGGAGAAUGUGAUCCCGGCGGAGGAGAGUGACCAGCUCCUCAUCAGGCCGCUUGGUGCUGGUCAGGAGGUUGGAAGAUCAUGUAUCAUCCUAGAAUUCAAAGGAAGAAAGAUCAUGCUGGAUUGUGGAAUUCACCCUGGGCUGGAAGGAAUGGACGCACUUCCUUAUAUUGAUCUGAUUGAUCCUGCAGAGAUUGAUCUGCUUCUGAUAAGUCACUUCCACUUAGAUCACUGUGGGGCCCUACCAUGGUUUCUCCAGAAGACAAGCUUUAAAGGCCGGACAUUUAUGACACACGCUACCAAAGCAAUUUACAGAUGGCUGCUGUCAGAUUACGUCAAAGUCAGUAACAUCUCUGCAGAUGACAUGCUGUACACGGAGACCGACCUAGAAGAAAGUAUGGACAAAAUUGAGACCAUCAACUUCCAUGAAGUGAAAGAAGUUGCGGGAAUCAAGUUUUGGUGUUAUCACGCCGGACACGUCUUGGGUGCCGCCAUGUUUAUGAUAGAGAUCGCAGGUGUCAAAUUGCUGUACACUGGUGACUUCUCCAGACAAGAGGACAGACAUCUCAUGGCGGCAGAAAUUCCAAACAUUAAGCCUGAUAUUCUUAUCAUUGAGUCUACGUACGGCACACACAUACACGAGAAGCGUGAGGAGAGGGAAGCUAGAUUCUGUAACACUGUGCACGACAUUGUGAACCGAGGAGGAAGAGGCCUCAUUCCCGUGUUUGCUCUCGGACGAGCUCAAGAACUUCUGUUGAUUUUAGAUGAAUACUGGCAGAACCACCCAGAGCUGCAUGACAUCCCCAUAUACUAUGCCUCAUCACUGGCUAAGAAGUGUAUGGCCGUCUACCAGACCUAUGUCAACGCUAUGAACGAAAAGAUCCGCAAACAGAUCAACGUCAAUAACCCGUUUGUCUUCAAACACAUCAGUAACCUUAAGAGCAUGGAUCACUUUGAUGACAUAGGUCCCAGUGUGGUGAUGGCUUCUCCGGGUAUGAUGCAGAGUGGAUUGUCUAGAGAGCUGUUCGAGAGCUGGUGUACAGAUAAGAGGAACGGAGUGAUCAUCGCUGGAUACUGUGUGGAGGGGACACUAGCUAAGCACAUUAUGUCGGAGCCGGAGGAGAUCACCACCAUGUCUGGCCAGAAGCUACCUCUGAAGAUGUCUGUGGAUUACAUCUCUUUCUCUGCACAUACAGAUUACCAACAAACCAGCGAAUUUAUCCGAGCAUUAAAGCCUCCGCAUGUGAUACUGGUGCACGGUGAGCAGAAUGAAAUGGCUCGUCUUAAGGCUGCGCUCAUCCGUGAAUACGAGGACAACGACGAGGUCGAUAUUGAGGUUCACAAUCCCAGGAACACAGAAGCUGUGACCCUAAACUUCAGAGGAGAAAAACUGGCUAAAGUGAUGGGUUUACUUGCUGAUAAGAAGCCUGGGCAAGGUCAAAGAAUUUCAGGGAUCCUCGUAAAAAGAAACUUCAACUACCAUAUCCUUUCUUCAAAUGACCUCUCCAGUUACACAGAUCUGGCGAUGAGCACGGUGACACAGACACAAGCCAUUCCUUACACAGGCCCAUUCAAUCUCUUAUCUUACCAGUUACAGCAACUCACAGGUGAAGUGGAAGAAAUUGAAGUAAAUGAUAAAGAAAGUCUGAGGGUCUUCAAAGCAAUCACAGUGGUGAAGGAGCAAGGCAUGGUUAUACUGGAGUGGGUGGCAAAUCCCUCCAAUGAUAUGUAUGCUGAUACCGUGGCCACAGUGAUCCUGGAGCUCCAGUCAAAUCCUCGUAUACAGAAAGCUGCAACUCAUAGAGCCACUAAAGUGGACAUGGAAGCAUACAAGAAAAGGCUGGAGAUCAUGCUGCAGGACUUGUUUGGUGAGGAAUGUGUGACCCUUAACGAUGACGCCACCAUCACCGUUACCGUGGAUGGGAAGUCAGCCAUCUUGUCUUUAGAAACUCGGACCGUGGAAUGUGAGGAAGGUUUGGAUGAAGACGAAACACUGCGGGAAUUGGUGCAGCUAGCAGCUCAAAGACUGUACGACGCACUUUGCCCUGCCAACCUUUAACUUGACACUCUUCUUCUUCUUUUUUCUCUUUUUUUUUUUUUUUUUUUU